AUGCGGAAUGCCUUCCAGGCUGGCCGGGCCGUUGCCUUCGCCAACUUGGAGGCAACUUGCAGUGCGAUGGACCAGGAGAAGCGAGAGGAGAAGCGAGCGAAGCAGGAGCGAUUCCUGCAGCGGCUUGAGGUUACACUCGCAGUCACGCCGGCUUGCUUCGCUCUCGACAGAGACGAUCUUGAUAAUCACCACAUGGCCCGUGACGAUGAGGACUUUGACAUCAAUGCGGAGUACGAUUUCGAGGCGUUCAACAAGGUGGUUGCAACAGCUGAGCUGGCGAAGCAGGAGGUUGGCCAAAUCGCUCCGAGCUUCAACGUGCUGGGCCUCACUGCAAGCUACCUGACUGGAAGGAGCGCAGACUUCCUUGGAAAGCGCUUCCAGGCUAUCCCUCGGCCGCUUUCGGUUCUUCGUCUCAAAGUGGAGCUGUGCAACGCUGCUCGCAGCCUGCUUCUCUGCAAGGUAGCAGAGAAUGCAGACACGCGCUCUGUGGUUGCCCACGCGGGGCGGCGCGCUCGGACCUCAGCGGCGCCCUGCUUUCCACACGGGCUUGGCUUCGCGCUUUACCCCUGGCUGAGCGCCGGGCUGCCACUCCCUGACCGACGCUGA